UAAUUUAAAAUUUCAUAAUCAGCCAGAGGGAAACUAGAUUUAUUAUAAGUUCUGUAACUGUAAAGGAAAAGGAUGUAUUUUAUUUUAAUGUAAAGAAAGCGGAAUGACAGAUAGUGUGAAACCUACUGGCGACAAGGAAAGUGAACAGAUUAUAUCUCAAGGAAGGGACAGUUUAGUUUCAGUAAAUGUUGGUUUUGUCUCUAAUUCUAAACCAAAUGAUGGACGUUCGUUGAGUGUUGGAGCUUCUUCGGGAAGUGCUACUAGUAGUCAGCAGGUGUAUGGUCUUAGCUAUAAACCUUCACCUUUCGCGGGACAAGUAAACGGUAAACCGAUCAGUAAAACCAGUUUAGGUAAAUUUUUAUCGAAUCCUGGACCAGAAGACAUGAAGGGAUUGAAACCUCAGAACCAAGCAGAAACUAAACCAACUCCAAGAAGAGCCCCAAGAGGAAAUGCUAAAGCACUUGUCCAGAGUAAGUUAAGAUCAACAACUCUCGUUGCUGGUAGACCUUGUCAACAUCAUUCCUUUCUAACAGACCUUACAGAUGUACGUCAAAUGGAACAGGGACUGCUUCAGCUACUAGAUGACUUCCACUCUGGAAAAUUGCAAGCUUUUGGAAAAGACUGCACUUUUGAAAAGAUGGAAAAUGUGAGAGAACAACAAGAAAGAUUGGCAAGAUUACAUUUCGACCUCAAUGCUCAACAGGAAAUGCAAGGGCCGAAAUCUGAUGAAGGAAGAAGAAUGGCAAAAGAAAAUUUAGAUAAAUUAACAAGUAAUCUUCAAAGACUAAGUCAAUCAAUCGAACAACUUCAGUCAACAAGCCACUGUUUGCACACAGAUGUGUAAACGCUCUUCGUUACCACUUGGUCAAGGUUAGGACUCGUUGAUGUUUGAUGCUGAGUUUUUCUACGAGGGAUCAUGUACCAGAAUAACAGCGAUAUAGGUCUUCACUCAAUUUCUUGUAUCAAUUAUUCUGAGAA